GAGUAGUGAACGUAAAAUAUAAUAUGGAUCUUGACAAAGCAAUUUCUAUGAUACCAGUUUGCACAGGCGAAAAAGAUGUAGCUGAAUUUAUAAACAUCUGUGAAAUCGCGCUUAAAGAUAUUUCAGAGGCGGAUAAGCCGAUAUUGUUAAAAAUCAUAACUUCGAAGUUGACAGGAAACACUUUAGAAGUAACAAAAUAUAAUAAUUUAGAAAAAAUUUCGGAAAGGGCUCUAUCUAUAGGAUUAAAAUAUAUGGCACGUAUAGCUGAGGGGGAGAGUGUAGUGAAAUUCGCCGCUAGGAUCGAGGAACUAUAUUACAAAUUAUGUGCGGCUAGUACUAUAGGUUUAAGUAAGGCAGAAACACAAAUAGUCAAAAAUCAAACUAAAAAGCAGGCUAUGAUUAUAUUUAUAACAGGAUUACCACAUCACUUAUAUACAGUGCUGAAUGGUAGGAAUCCAGACACUUUAGAACAAUGUUUUAAGCUGGCUACAGACGAGGAAUUAGAAUAUAACUCUAAGUUAGAAAUGGAAAAAUUGCAGGGAAAUAUACAAAUACAAAAUAUUAGUAAUGAAAAACAAGCAGGCGGUAGUAACGCGGAAAAACAAAAUGUCGAUAGUAACAAAAAUCAAGUAUUUAAUCGUGGUGGUAACGGAAUAGCGUAUCAGCGAAUAAUAGGAAUAAUAAUUUUAAUAAUCUUAAUGUGUAUAAUAACGGGUACAGAAAUAUUAGUCCCGGGGGAGAUAAUAAUUAUAAUAGUAAUCGCGGCGAGUAUAAUAAUUUUAAUCGUGGCGGAUACGGUAAUUUUAAUAAUCGAAUCGGAUACAAUAACAAUGGUUAUAGGCACAAUUUUAAUAAUGGUAAUAAUUAUCAGCAAAAUAAUAAUCCAAAUGGAAGUAACACCGGAUGUUACACAUGCGGAAAGGCCGGUCAUAUUGCAAAAGAUUGCUGGCAAUCGAACGGUCGUCCAAACGGUCGCUCGAACGAAAAACGCAUAUGAUAAUAUUGUAACACUAGUAAUCAGAAUUUAUAUUGCAGUUAUUGUAAUAAGGUAGGCCUACAAUAUCAACGUUUUUCGUAUAAGUGAUAUCAAAAAAA